AAAUUUUAUGAAACGAUACUGUCAGCACUGUCACUGUUGACAUUUAAUAUCUUGACAUAACCUCUAUGUUAUUAUCGUGAGACAAGUUAACUUCAGAGUUCCUUUUCAUUAUGUCCGUCUUCAGGAUUUCGGGGCUAAAUAUUUUAAGAACUGGCAGACAGCCGGCUUUGCUUGUUAAUUUCUCCGACGAUGCAUCAAAGAAGGACGAUCCUUCGAAAGAGAAUGAUUCUACUGAUAAAAAAGGAAAAGACGAGAAAACCGCUAACAAGAAGAGAGAAGUGACAUCGCGUCGCAUAAAUGAACUAUUGGGAUUGAUGACUAAAGAUACAAAUCUAUCGAUCGUUAAAGAUGUGAUUCGGCCUAGAUCGGCGGCUGAAAAAAAGGAACGACAUAAAGCAGCAUCAUCUGCCAGCGAACAGAAGGCAUCAAAGCCAGCAAGUAUUGCUGAGGCAGCUAAGGAAGUUGCUAAGACACUGGGUGGAGAUAUCGAAAAGACCGAAUCAGAACUGUUAGGAGCUUUGUUAAAAAAGCAGGCCUCAAAUCUGGAUCUUAAUUCGUUGAUAAGUGGCAUGACAGUAGACACCGAAAAAAGGGGUCCUCCAUCAGAACGUCGAUCGGAUUUUGUUCGAAAAUCGAUGACACAGAGAUCCGGUCACUCAAAUUAUGAAAGAAAAUACGAGAGAAAGGAAGGAAUACCACGACGAAACGAGCAACAAUCGCAGAGCGGUGUUCGUGUCCAUGUCGAUUUGUUUGGCGGAAAACCACUCGGCAUCUUUACAACGGCCAAGGAUCUGCAGGAAAGCCCGGACAUUUUACCAACUUGGAAUAACUUACUAAAGAAAGAACUAAAGUUGGCCGUUUCACAUCCUCCAAAGAAUUAUUUCGAAAAAAUGGCUCUCUGGACAGAGCAAGGAAAAUUAUGGAAGUUUCCCAUUGACAACGAACAAGGAUUGGAUGAAGAAGCAAAGAUAUACUUCACCGAGCACAUUUUCCUCGAACAGCAUUUGGAGUCAUGGUGUCCGAAAAAGGGACCAGUUAGACAUUUCAUGGAAUUGGUCUGUGUGGGAUUGUCGAAGAAUCCCCACUACACAGUCACUCAAAAGAAGGAGCACAUUGAGUGGUACCGCGAUUAUUUCGCAGCCAAAAAGGAGCUGUUGGAAAGUGUCAUCAUAGACUCGGACACACCGAAAGAAUUGCAACAGUAAAUUAGUUAGCCUAGACAUUGAUAUCCCAGCACAGUGUGGUACAAUAAAUUAGAAAGUCAGA